UGAUGCUCUAUAAUAAGUGCUUUAUGUUCAGGUGCACAACACAAAACACACACCCUGCUAUAACGGACCAGAGAUACAUGAGUUUUCCUACAGAUAUGUUUUGGAUUAUUUCAGUGACCAUUUUCUUCUCAGUAUGUGGUGUACCGGCGUACAUCCCUCAUCGCUAUCACUUUGUGAACGAGAAUAAAACCUGGAGCGAAGCUCAGACUUACUGUCGAGACAAAUACACUGAUCUGGCAACCAUCAGCAACAUGGACGAGAUGAAGAAGCUGAAUAUCACACUGAAGAUAGAAUCUGAAAAGCUAGCUUGGAUCGGUCUAAAGAGCGAGAGCGUUGGGGAAUGGAAGUGGUCUCUGGCAGACCAAACUUUCUACAGAGGUGGAGACACUUACAGGAACUGGAGUAGUGGAGAACCAAACAAUAAUGGAGGAAAUGAACACUGUGUUGAUAUUGCAAAAACUGGCUUUUGGUUUGACAUCAGAUGUGACUUAAUGUUACCUUUUGUUUGUUAUGAAGGCAAAAACAGCAGGGAUAAUUAUACAUUCAUUCAUGAAACAAAGACCUGGUAUGAAGCUCAGACCUUCUGCAGAGAGAAAUACACCGACCUGGUCAGCGUGAGGAACCAAACUGAGAAUGAAUUGAUCACAAAUCUUAUUCAAACUGCAGUGAAAGAUUAUGGUGUUUGGAUUGGUCUCUAUAAUGACUCCUGGAAGUGGUCAGAUCAGAGUAAUUCCUCAUUCAGAUACUGGAGCUCUGACAAACCCAGAGAUGAUUUGAAAUGUGCAGCAGUGAGUGGGUCUGAGCAACACUACUGGAGUGAUCUGAGCUGCACAGAACAACUUCCAUUCAUCUGCCAUGAGAAAUUCCUGAUCCUGAUUAAAGAGAAUCUGAGCUGGUGGGAAGCUCUGAACUACUGCAGGAACCAUCAUCAUGACCUGGUCUCAGUUCGCAGUGAAGAGAUGCAGCUCUGGUUGAAGGAAGUGAUUCAAAACGCCUCCAGUGAACACGUGUGGCUCGGUCUGCGUCACGACUGUGCCCAGCGUAUCUGGUUCUGGGUUUACGGAUCGAUGAUCUGCUAUCAGAACUGGGCUCCGGGGUACGGGACCUGGAAUGAAGACUGCAGCCAGGAGAAGAGAAGUGGAGCAGUUCAGGCUGGAGGAACGCAGCAGUGGAUCGAUCUGCCUGAGAGCUACAAACUCAACUUCAUCUGCUCUACUUAUGACGAAGACUGAAGACAUGUUGCGGUCCCUCACCUGUAUAUCUACAGCAGUCUCUUCUUUACAAUCUUCAACACAUUUGUGGUACAAUGAAUCCUGUUCAUCCAUAUCAUUUCAUUAUAUGUUUAAUACAAUAUUCAGUAAAUUCUAUAGACUCCAUGUAGCAUGAACUUGUUACAGAAUUAUCAUUAUUAUUAUUUCUUUUCUUAUUAUUACAGGGUUUUAUGGGCAGUUAAGAUGAAAUGUAUUUACCUGAUUUCUGAUAUUACAGCUUGUUUGGGAUUCACAUUUGUUUUUUCCUUGUGGUCAAAUGUAUUUAUUUUUUUCGAUAUUUGCAGAAUCACAUGAUGGAUAUUGUACUUGGGCUUUUCUUUCUCAUCAAAUAAAUAAGCAAGAAUGACAACUACUACUAAAAAUGAUACAUGAUAAUAAUAAUAAUA